ACUGUCAGGUGGUCUUGUGUGUCACAGAUACAAAACACAUCCUACUAUAAAUCGUUCUGUGGUAUGUUACGCGCACCCUGUUUGUGACUCAAAAUGAUGAUGUAGCAGAAGACAUGAUUAAAUAAAUACCUAUUUUGUUUGCUUCCUAUUAAAUUGUUAAUGCUUAUCAGAGUGAUAAGGGCCCAGUGUUUCCUGGAUACUGUGUAUUGCUGGAUAUUCAGACUCCCUUACUGCUUAGCUGAGACAACACAGCACACCACCCCAUCGUUUGCAUUUGUAUCAUUUGUUUGAGUGAAAUAACGUAGAAACGGUAAUGAUUUUGCGUGAGUGAGAGGCUUGCCAGUAGCAGAAUUCUACAGGAGGAUGAAUACAGAGGAAUUGGAGCUGUUGACUGACUCCAAAUACAGGAACUAUGUAGCAGCUGUGGACAAAGCCCUUAAAAACUUUGAGUACUCCAGCGAAUGGGCAGAUUUGAUAUCCGCUCUGGGGAAGCUGAACAAGGUUUUGCAGAACAACGCCAAGUAUCAGGUUGUUCCCAAAAAGCUCACGAUAGGCAAAAGGCUUGCGCAAUGUCUUCACCCAGCGCUGCCCAGUGGAGUCCACCGCAAGGCUCUGGAGACCUACGAGAUCAUUUUCAAAAUCAUCGGACCAAAGCGGCUGGCCAAGGAUCUCUUUCUGUACAGCUCUGGACUGUUUCCUCUUCUUACCAAUGCUGCCAUGUCUGUGAAGCCUGCACUGCUCGGCCUGUAUGAGGUCUACUACCUGCCCUUGGGUAAAACACUGAAGCCAGGUUUGCAGGGGCUGUUAACUGGAGUGCUGCCGGGUUUGGAAGAGGGAUCAGAAUACUAUGACAGAACCAAUACCUUGCUGGAGAAGGUGGCUGCAGCUGUGGAGCAGUCUGCUUUCUACAGUGCUCUGUGGGGCAGCAUCCUGACCAGCCCUGCAGUCAGAUUGCCAGGAGUCACAUUCGUGCUCUUUCAUCUUAACCGAAAGCUUUCAAUGGAAGACCAGCUAUACAUCAUUGGCAGUGACAUUGAGCUAAUGGUGGAAGCAGUAAGCGUCUCCGUACAGGACUCCAGUGUGCUUGUGCAGAGGAGUACGCUGGACCUCAUACUGUUCUGUUUUCCAUUCCACAUGAGUCAGGCAACCCGUACAGAUAUGAUCUGGAUCCUGUCGGCAGCAUUGCAUGUUGUACUGCGCAGAGACAUGUCCCUCAAUCGCCGGCUUUAUGCAUGGCUUCUUGGCUUCGACAACAACGGUGUCAAAACAGGCCCCAGGAGUACACGGCACAGUAACCCUGAAGAACAUGCCACCUACUAUUUCAAUACCUUCUCUAAGGAUAUGUUGGUUCAGGCAAUGGUGGGGAUUCUGCAGGGUAAAGCAGUCGGAGGAGAAGAGGAGAGUGUGCUCAUGCAUGACCUUAAACCUUUCCGCAUCUUAAUUAGUCUUUUGGACAAACCAGAACUAGGGCCUGCCAUUUUGGAAGAUGUGCUGAUUGAAGUAUUCAGGACGCUGCAUACACAGUGCAAAGCUGAAUUGGACUUGCAAACGCAGUCUCCUUUCUGUAAAGACCGCACACAGUUGAGCAGCAAGCUGCGGGAGAAUAAGAAAACUGCCGAACUGAUUAAAACUGCGAACCUCCUGUUCAACUCAUUUGAACCGUACUACAUGUGGGAUUAUAUUGCUCGCUGGUUUGAGGAGUGUUGCAGGAGGACUCUAAAUGCAAGGCUGCAGGCUGGACCUGGUGGCACCAGUGAAGCAUCAGAACUGACCCUGGUAGAAUUCUGUCAGCUGGUCGACUUCCUGUUAGAUAUAGUAUCCUUGCCUACUAGAAGUAUGAGAGUGAUCUGUCAGGAAACAUACAUUGAAAUCCAGACAGAGCACCUGCCCCAGCUGCUGCUGCGGAUGGUCUCAGCCCUGACUAGUCACCUCCAGGCGCUGGGGCUGGCGGAGCUGACGGACUGCUUGCGGCUCUGCUCCAAGAUCCUUAGUAAGGUCCAGCCACCCUUGGUGUCGCCCGAAGCGGAGGGCAGUUUGCCGUUUACAUCUGGGCAACCGAGCUCUGCCAGAGAGAAGGAAGAGAAGAAGAUCAUCCCAUUCUCCCUGGAAAAUGCCAGCGAGGUCUUUGAAGACAGCGAGAAUACCCUGAGCAGUCGCUCCUCUGAGAGUGGCUUCACAGAGUUUGUGCAGUAUCAAGCCGACAAGAGCGAGGACUUGGAUAGGGCUCCGGGUGAGGGCCAUGCAGUGCUAGAUGCUCAGCCGGUGGGCAGCACCUCCUCGGAAACGGAAACGGCCUCCACUGUGGGCUCGGAGGACACCGUGGUGCACCCCUCCCCCACCAUGGGGCAUGCCUCCUCAAGCCACGGCGGGAAGGCUAAGCAGAAGACCGUCAUGCAAUGCUGCCUGGAGUACUUCCAGCAGUUCCUGACACGGCUUAUUGCGCUCUACAUCACCCCCUGCAUUGCGGCCACGCCUGCCUUCACCAGCGAGUUCAGCAGUGUGCUGAAGGGGGACAGGGCCGGGAGGGGGGGCGUGGCACUCAGUGACGCCGCCAACACUCGGUCCGCUCAAAGGGAGUGCCUGGGUGCCUUCACCGCCACCUGCCAGCUGUUCCUGGAGUGCUCCAGCUUCCCUGUUUACAUUGCCGAGGGCAACCUCAAAUCCUCACCUCAGGCUGAAGAGGCCACACAAGACUGCGAACAAGUAAAGACACCCCUGUGGCUCCAGACCUUAAUGGAUGCCUGCUGCCUUGCCAGUGAGUUCAGUAUCCAGGCUGUGGCAAUCUCUCUGGUGAUGGACCUGGUAGGCCUCACCCAGUCGGUCGCCAUGGUGACAGGUGAAAAUGUGAACAGUUUGGAGACGGCCCAACCCAUGAGUCCAAGCCAGGGGAGAGUGGCUGUGGUGAUCAGGCCUCCACUUACGCAGGGAAUACUGAGAUACAUUGCUGAAAAGACUGCAUUUUUCAAGCAUGUUGCACUGACAUUGUGGGACCAGCUGGGCGAGGGAACCCCACAGCAUCAUCAGAGGAGCGUGGAGCUUUUCUAUCAGCUGCACAAUCUGGUCCCAUCUUCCAGCAUCUGUGAGGAUGUUAUCAGCCAGCAGCUGAUUCACAGAGACAAGAAAAUUCGCAUGGAAGCUCAUGUGAAGUUUUCUGUACUCUGGCACCUGACAAGGGACCUCAAUAUUAACAAGUCUUCUCCAUUCAACCGCACUUUUGACAGGUCCCUGUUCAUCAUGCUGGAGAGUCUGAGCAGCUGGGAUGGUUCCACCUGCUCCGUUGGCCAGGCCUGGCUUAACCAGGUGCUUCAGAGACACGACAUCGCCAGGGUGCUCGAGCCUUUGCUGCUGCUGCUCCUCCACCCCAAGACCCACCGAGUGUCGGUGCAGAGGGUCCAGGCAGAGCGGCACUGGAGCAGACCCAGGAAGCUCCCUGCUGAGGAGGAGGAGGAGGAGUGUGACAGCGGCGGGCCCAACUACAAGAAAGAGAUCAGCUACGCUAACAGUUUCAGCCAGGCGCCUGUUGAGAACGGGAAGGCAGGCCCUGUAAAAGAGAAAGCCCCGAGCCUGGAGGAGAUGGAGCCCUUCAGCCUGACAGUGAACCCAUUUAACGACAGCCUAUCUCUGCUCAGCACCAGCAGUGAGAACCUGCAGCUGGCCUUCGACCUGCCAGACCAGCAGAUGGAGAUCCUCCAGAGCUCAGAGUCUGUCGGCUCCCACUCAUCUACAGGGGACAGCACUAGCUUAGAGGAGCCUGACUACACCAAUGCUGCAGGGACACCAGAAAAUGCUCCGUCUGCUCUCAUCGAAGACUCUGUAGAGGCUGUCAUACAACAGGUGGUGUCUGAAUUGGUGGACAGAGUAGCACAAAGGCUAGAAGGUCCUGAAAGUAAGGAAGAGUGCCAUCAUGUAGACUCUGACUCCUCUAAAUUGGAGUCCAGCUUGUGCCCGCAGCUCCUGGAUGAAGAUGAGGGCACACACGACAGUAUCACCAGGCACAGCUUAUUGCCUUCCAUCAUCGUGAACCUAGAGGCCACCCCUCCAGAGUCCGGCCUUCAAAUUACAGAGCCGCAGUCCCACACGAGGAGCCACAACAGCGUCCAGCUGAGCAUGAAAGGGAAGAUCAUGGAGAAGCUGACCGACAAAUCCCCAGGGGCCAAGCCCAAGGUGAAGAGCAGCAAGAAGAAAGAGGAAGCAAAGAAGAAAGCGCAAGCUGAGAAGGCCAAGCACCCUAACAUCUUCUUCGGGGACAGCUUAGACUUGGAGAACUGGUACAGCUGUGGGGAGGGGGAGGUGUCGGAGAUAGAGAGCGAAGUGGGCUCCCCUGAGCUCUGUAGGUCAGCCUCGCCCACCCGGUUUAACAUCCACCCCCUCUACCAGCACCUGUUGCUCUACCUGCAGGUGUACGACUCCUCCCGUGCGCUGCACGCCCUCUUGGCUCUGUCUGCCAUGCUGAAGGCCAACCCCGUGGGCUUCGUCAGUGCCAUCUCCACCACCAGCAUCAAUAACACCUACACUCCGCAGCUCUCCCUCAUGCAGAACCUGCUGGCCCGUCACCGUGUCUCUGUCAUGGGCAAGGACUUCUACUCCCACAUCCCAGUAGACUCCCACAGCCACGUCUUCCGCAGUUCCAUGUUCAUCGAGAUCAUCAUCUCCCUUUGCCUCUACUUCUUGCGUAGCUACUACCCCAACCACUUGGCAGCCUCCCAGCAGGACCUGUCAGGAAACCGCAACAUGCAGAUCAUGAGCAUCGAGGUCCUGACGUUGCUCUUCACGGAACUCGCCACGGUCACAGAGGCUUCGGCCAAGGGCUUCGCCAGCUUCAUCUCGGACGUGCUGUCCAAGUGCAAGGUGCAGAAGGUGGUCCUCCACUGCCUGCUGUCCUCCAUCUUCAGCGCACAGAAGUGGCAUGCAGAAAGGACAUCCGGUAGGAACGUGGCCGCCUCCGAGGAAGGCCUAUCCGAGGACAGCAUCAUCAACUUCUGCGAGGACGAGAUAGACAACUGCAGCACGCUCCAGUCACAGCUCCUCCGCCUUCUUCAGAGCCUCAUCAUCCUGGAGCACCGGGUCCUGAGCCUUCCCGAAGAGAGCGAAGCCGGCUAUGAGUUCGUCAGCAUGGAUGUGGAGCACAUCAACCCGCAGCAGCCCCUGACAUCCCUGCAGUACUUGCCCUCCCAGCCCAUCACCUCGCAGGGCAUGUUCCUCUGUGCAGUGAUAAGAGCCCUGCACCAGCACUACACCUGCAAAAUGCACCCUCAAUGGAUCAGCCUCAUCACCUCGACGCUGCCGUACAUGGGGAAAGUGUUGAGGAGGGUGGUGGCUUCCGUGACACUGCAGCUGUGCCGUAACCUGGAUAAUUUAAUACAGCAGUAUAGAUAUGAAACUGGGUUAUCCGAUAGCAGGCCCUUAUGGGUGGCAUUAAGCAUUCCCCCAGAUAUGAUCCUCACUGUUUUGGAGGGAGUGACCACUAUUAUUCAUUACUGCCUUUUAGAUCCAUCCGCUCAGUACCACCAGCAGCUGUUGGUGAAUGUUGAUCAGAAGCACCUGUCGGAAGCACGCAGUGGGAUCCUGUCCAUCCAGCACACCAUCAUGUCCUCGGUGACACUCCUGUGGAAUGUGUUAUACCUGGUGGACACGUCAGAGCGCCCAGCCACCACCUCUGCAUCCUCCCCUACCAUCAUCAAUCUGGGAUCCACUAAGAAUCUGAGGCAGCAGAUUCUCGAGCUUCUAGGACCCAUCUCCAUGAACCAUGGGGUGCACUUUAUGGCUGCCAUAGCGUAUGUGUGGAAUGAAAGGAAACAAGGCAAAAACACGUCCCGGAAUAAAGUAAUUCCCACAGCUAGUGAAGAACAACUGCUGCUAGUGGAACUAGUGCGUUCUGUCAGUGCAAUGAGAACAGAGACAGUGAUGCAGACAGUGAAAGAGGUUUUAAAGCAGCCACCAGCUAUUGCAAAGGAAAAGAAACAUCUCUCUCUGGAAGUCUGUAUGCUGCAGUUUUUCUAUGCUUAUGUGCAAAGGAUACCUGUGUCAAACCUGGUGGAUAGCUGGCCAUCUCUGCUGGCUUUACUGAAAGACUCUGUGCAGCUUGGGCUCCCGUCACCUGGCCAGUUCCUUAUACUUGGAGUUCUCAAUGAAUUCAUCUUGAAGAAUCCCAAUUUAGAAAAUAAGAAGGACCAAAGAGACCUGCAGGAUGUUACAUACAAAGUAGUUGAAGCCAUUGGGACCAUUGCUGGCUCUUCCUUGGAGCAGACUACCUGGCUGAGGAGAAAUCUGGAAGUAAAGGCCUCCCCACAGAUUGUGGUAGAUGGAGUCAGUCUUGAACCAGAUGUUGAAGGUCUCAUGCUCACUGUGAUGGAGGCUUCCAGUUUUACACCAUCUGUAUACAGCGUGCAUGCAUUGACAUUGCUGGCUGAGGUCCUGGCUCAUCUGUUGGACAUGGUGUUUUACAGCGACGAGAAAGAGAGGGUUAUUCCUUUAUUGGUUAACAUUAUGCAUUACGUAGUGCCCUACCUCCGCAACCACAGUGCCCAUAAUGCACCCAGCUACCGUGCCUGUGUGCAGCUGCUGAGCAGCCUUAGUGGAUACCAGUACACCAGGAGAGCGUGGAAGAAGGAAGCCUUCGACCUCUUCAUGGACCACACAUUCUUUCAGAUGGAUUCCUCAUGUGUCAGUCACUGGAGAGCUAUCAUGGAUCACUUGAUGACCCAUGACAAAACCACAUUCCGAGACUUGAUGACGCGGGUUGCCUUGGCGCAAAGUAGCUCCCUCAAUUUGUUUACAAACCGAGAUGCCGAGCUGGAGCAGAGAGCCAUGCUCCUCAAGCGCCUGGCCUUCACCAUUUUCAGCAGUGAGGUGGACCAGUACCAGAAAUACCUCCCAGACAUCCAGGAGAGGCUAGUGGAGAGUCUGCGCUUGCCCCAGGUCCCGACGCUCCAUGCACAGGUGUUCCUGUUUUUUCGGGUGCUUCUCCUAAGAGUGUCUCCACAGCACCUGACCUCCCUGUGGCCAACAAUGAUCACAGAGCUGGUGCAAGUAUUUUUAUUGAUGGAACAGGAACUCACAGCAGACGAAGAUAUUUCAAGGACUUCGGGCCCAUCAGUGGCUGGGUUGGAAACGACUUACACUGGGGGUAAUGGAUUCUCCACCUCCUACAACAGCCAGCGCUGGCUCAACCUCUACCUCUCUGCCUGCAAACUGCUGGACUUGGCCCUGGCUCUACCUUCGGAAAGCCUGCCACAGUUCCAGAUGUAUCGUUGGGCUUUCAUUCCAGAAGCAUCGGAUGAUUCUGGGUUGGAGGUCCGUAGGCAAGGCACUCACCAAAGGGAAUUCAAGCCCUAUGUUGUUCGACUAGCAAAAUUGCUAAGGAAGAAGGCAAAGAAAAACCCGGAGGAGGACUGCUCAGGCAGAGCCUUGGCCUGGGAGCCGGGUCACUUGUUGCUGACUCUCUACACCAUCCGUAGCAUGGAGCAGCUGCUGCCCUUCUUCAACGUGCUCGGCCAGGUGUUCAAUUGCAAGGUGACGAGCAGCUCUGCAGGACACUCAGGGAGCCCGGUCCUGUACCCCAACAAGGACAUCAAAAUGGAGACCCAGAAAGUGUUCUGGAGCAAAGCCAGACAGAAAAUAGAGGAGAUGGUCGAGAAGGACUUUCUUGAAGGGGUAAUAAAAACAUGAGCAAAAGAAAAAAAAAAAAAAAA